CCCCCGGAAGUGGCGAACCGGAAGUGAGGUGACCUGUACCGACGUGGCGGCUGCAUGGCGGACGCGGCCGUGUCUCAGCUGGAGGUGGCCGUGGUGGGCAUGGCGCUGUCUCCGAGCGAGCUCGGCCCGCGAGCCGACGACGACGCCGCCGCCGACUCGGCAGCGGCGUUGCCCGGUGCAGCCGAGGCGGCUGGAGACGGCGAGGGGACGGCCGAGACGCCGGAGGGUGCCGAGCAGAAGGGACUCGAAGGCGGCGGCGGCGGCGACGGUGGUGGCGAUGGUGGCGCCGCUGCACUUGAGGAGGCUUGGGGCUUCCCUGUCGCUGAGCUCUACAGACUCGCGCUCAAGUUCUACCGCGAAAAGGAUGGCAAGGCAUUUCACCUGAGCUACGCGGACAAGCUGAAGCUUGUGGCUCUGUCGCGCCAGGUCUCCGCUGGGCCCUUCAGCCCCGACUCCAGUCCUGACGUGGGAUACCUGGACGUGUUGGGAAAUGACCGCAGGCGUGAAUGGGCGGCGCUGGGCGACAUGUCCAAGGAAGACGCUAUGGUCGGCUUCGUGAACCUCCUCAACGGCUGCUGCCAGCUCUUCGCCCCCUACACCACCUCGCACCGCAUCCAGAAGCAGGAGCAGGAGCGCAUACGGCUCGAGCAGGAGGAGUUGCGUCGUCAGCAAGAGGAGGAGCGGGAGCGAGCACGGCAGGAAGAGGAGAGGAGGCGGCUUGAGGAGGAGGAGCGGGAGAGGAGGGAGGAGGAGUUGCGACAGCGUGCUGACGAGGAGCGCCUGCGCCAGGAGCAGCAGAAGCAGCAGAUCAUGGCGGCACUGAACGCGCAGACCGCUGCGCAGUUCCAGCAUUACGCGGCGCAGCAGUACCCGGGCAACUACGAGCAGCAGCAGGCGCUCAUUGCCCAGCUGCAGGAACAGCACUACCAGCAGUACAUGGCCCAACUUUAUCAGAUACAGUUGCAGCAGCAACAGGCGGCGUUGCUCAGGCAGCAGCAGCACCAGCAGCAGAACGGCGACGGCGUGGCAGGGGGGGCACCCCCCCAAGAAGGCUGGGCCAGCACGGUCGACGGGGCCACCCUGCUGGAGGACGCGACGAUCGGGCCCACGGAUCCCGCGGCGGAGGGACUCGCGGGGCCACCGGGCGAGGCGGGGGACGCGGAGGCGGCCGAGGAAGGGACGGAGAACGGACCCAGCGACCUGCGGCGGAGCAUCGCGGCGCCCUCCAUGUGGACGCGGCCCCAGAUCGCCGACUUCAAGAUGAAGGUGCGGCAGGACGCGGACUCUGUGCUGACGGUGGGGCGCGGCGAGGUGCUGACGGUGCGCGUGCCCACGCACCGCGACGGCGCCUACCUCUUCUGGGAGUUCGCCACCGACCACUACGACAUCGGCUUCGGGGUGCUGUUCGAGUGGAACGCCGAGCCGCCCAGCGGCGUGAGCGUGCACGUGAGCGAGUCCAGCGAGGACGACGAGGAGGAGGAGGCCGGGGAAGGCGGAAGCCUGGCCGGGUCUGGCAAAGCUGCAGGGGCGAAGGCUGGUGCCUCCAAGCCCGUGCUGGGCGAGGUGGUCCCCGUGUAUAGGAGGGACUGCUACACCGAGGUGUACGCCGGCAGCCACCAGUACCCGGGCACGGGCACCUACCUGCUCAAGUUUGACAACUCGUACUCGUUGUGGCGGGCCAAGACAGUCUACUACCGCGUCUACUACACCAGAUAGAGCAAGCACGCCCCAGAGCACCUUGCCCUGCUCUCUUUUAUGUCUCCCAAACUAGCGCCAUUCUUUCGUGGCUGUCUGUCCUCACUCUCUCUCUUUUUGUCUUGCACUGAAACGAGCACUGAGGCGUAGCAAGGAGGGGCUACGUUGCGAAUGGAAAUGGCGUUCUUUAAUCUACACAGCGGCAAGGCUCUGGCGUGCUGCUCACCUCUCGCCAACUCGUGCUAUCUCUCCCUUGCUAGCUCUUUCUCUCAGACAGUUCACUUGUGGAGAUAGUUAUUUGUGGAGAUAGUUACGUGUGGCAUGUGGGGGCAAUGAUGGAUGCUUGUCAUCUAGUGCUUUGCCCUCCGAACCAGAAAUUUUCUCGGAUCGUCACCAGAGGUGUCAACUGGGAGCCUAGAGGUAUCUUGGGCAACAUUAAUGCAAAGUGACAUGAUAAAUCACUUCCUUUGGUGUAAUUUGUGUGUGUGGGGGGGCAAGGUUUUGAGUGGUACACCACGCGUUAAUGAACAGUCUGCCAAAAAGGCCGCACCUUUUUUGCGCUGUUAAUGGCAGGAAUGGCCACGCAUAACACGACACCAUUCUAGGCUAGGGUGUGACCAUGCAUUCUUCCAUCAGCUCUAAGAAUCGCCACCUUUUUCCGCUGAUUUGUUGUUACCAGCUGAUUCACAAAACCAAGCCCCACCCCACUUUAAUUGGGCUACUUUCUCAGCAGGCCUGGUUCAUUUCGCAUAUGGAAAGCUUCCUGAUGAUUUGUGGAGCCUGCCGUGUUUGCACCACCUAACUGAUUUGACUUCUCUGCCUCCCUGUCAAUGCCCAUGUACCCACCGAGCGUGUACACAUGUGUGUCAUCCUGUAUCAUACAGUCUACGCCCUAUGCUUAGUCCAACACCAACCCCCUCGAGCUUUUAAGUUUCGGGCUGCCCCGUAAUUUCACACCUGAUUGCAUCUUGUUGCACUCACUUCUCUCCCCCUCACUUCCCUCCCUCUCCCAUCCUCACUCUGCAGGGCACACUUUUUCAUGCUAUUUUGUUGCAGUGGAGUGGAGGGUUAACUUUCAGAAAACGCAUCGCGUGCAGUUUUCUUUGUUAUUGAUUUAAUCCUAUAAUUUUUAUGGAGUCACUGUUUAAAAUUUGUAUGAUAUUUGUUUGGGGGUUUACCAGGAGGGGGGGGGGGGGUAAUGGAGAAUGAGUUGGUGGUUCCUCUUGAUCAGUUGUGGGGAGAAGGCACUACUUUGAUUUGUGCGCGUGCCUACUAUGGAUUUGUUUGCUUGCGGUGUAUAGAUAGGUUUGCGAAGCCUCGAUGUUGGGCCGAGGACUGGGUGAGUUGCUGAAUGCAGGUGCAAGCAAGGUGAUGGAGCGGGGAAGGGGGGGGGUUGGGGAGGUUUUGUAUUGGUUUGGUCUCGUCUCCUUCAUUACCGACCUCUUGUAAAAUGCAUUAUAAUUUAAUUCGUUGUUCUCAUCGCACUGAUUGCUUCUUGAGUGGUAGUCGUGUGCUGGAGUGUCUGAGCCUCAAUAAGGUUACCUUGAGGUCAGAGCUGGACGGCAUUAAAGUGAUCAAGACAUGCGUCACAACAGUGUGGUGCAUAUUGGCGUCGUGUAUUGUGCCGAUAACAGUAUACGAUUCUAUGCUAAGAUCAAUUGCAAGUAGGCCAUAACGUUGCAUCGAUUCAGAAUAACAUUUUAUCGCAUAGUUCUCAAAACACGAGCAUCCAUUACACCCCUCGUUUUCCCCUUUUAAUGUGAAAUGGUUCACGCGAUGCCUGCUGCCACUGGAGGGCACCACAUUCACCACAAUCCAAAGUUAUUACAGAAUUGGGAGCCUUGAAAUGACAAUUCAUAGAAUCGGGGUGGUUGGGGAAAACCAUUACAUGCCUAAUGUACAUUAUGCAUUCCUAUUUAUCUCUACCAGUACAUUAUGCAUUCCUAUUGUCUAUAACAGUGAAGUGGUGUAAAUAAAUUCGGUGAUACCAGAACAGUAUUGCGAUUCGUUUGAAUAAAGUUAAAAGUCGUCUCCCAUUAUUUUAAAAUACAAAUGUGCAUUUUAGAAAGCAUCUGCAUGCGACUGGGAGGGGCGGUGUUGCAGUAGUUCGCACACUUUGCCAUGAACCUGGCAAGCCGAAUUAGAUUCCUGACCAUUAUCACCAGUGGCGAGUAAGAUCUGAAAAAUGUUCUGGCUUUCCCCUCCCCCCCAACUCCUUUGCCAAUCUGCACUGACCCAGCGAAUUGAAGUUGCCAGCUAUGAUAAAGACACUGCUGGAUGGCCGCAAGCCAUCAACAUUUUUUACAAUCAUUGUUCAAACAGCCAUCAUAACACGGAGAAAGACGAAUAUUUAUAUUUUGUCUGCGAUCACAUCUCAAGACAAUGUACAGGAAGACUGUAUUGUGAGGUCAUGGGGAAGGAGGAUUUUUUUUUACAGGUUAAGACUUGAUAUGCAAAGAUGCUUGCACACUUGAAUGAGGCAGAGGGUCGAGACACCAGAUUGACAGGGAUGGAGGUAUCCGAGGAUGGGUGACGGCGGGAUCGGCAGCACACUCGGCAUGGUUUCCCACGGAGUUGGUUGACUGGGCAUUUUUGAUAGGCCUUGGUUGCUGGAGCAGCAGGCAAGUGUAGGGGAUGGAGCAAGAGGAGACGAGCAGAGGUAAUCCAGGGUCAAAUUAGCAUUUUGGCAGCACGUAUCUAGAUUGGGUAGCUUCAUGCCGUGACGGAUAUUUCACAUUUACGUGGUAAGAUCCAGUAAUUUCACACGGAUGACCACUGCAGUCCUCCGCAAUCCCAGAAAGGCAUUGUGGGGGGUGGGGGGGGGGGGGAGCGGGGCAGUACAGCAUGAGAUGCACUCGCAUCCAGCCACUCAAGCAGUUAUCACCAUUUUCACAAAGUGUUAAAAAUGUUUUUCCUAUUCAAAGCCCGCACUCGCAACCAGCUGGAACGAGUCUCCCAACACUCGCUGCACCAUUGGGGGUGAUGUUGGUCGCAAUUCUUUUGCAUCAUCUGUCCAAGCACAGGUCCAACACUUAAAAAAAGAGCAUUAACGGGUGGUUUGGUUGCUGUUAACUGUCAGCACGGCUGAGAAUCCCAUUUUAAAAGUCAGCGUUUCGUCAUCUGUAAUUAUCAACUAGCAAUUUUCUGAUUUUGGACUGGUCACCAUUUCAAUGCAAAGUUCAGCCUCAUCUGCAGGCUAAAUCCAAUAAAAAUGGACUCGAGCACAGACAUGUGCCAAUCAAGUUCACAGUCUGAGACCUGUCGUGUUAGGUAUGAGUGUAAUGUCAUUGCGAGUCCUGAAUCUUCAGGGGAUGUUUUUCCUGAUAUGGUGGAGCGUUACCGAUUGCCAUAAGGACAUUUCUUCAUGGGUUGCAGCACCAAUAACACAACAGUUGAUUGAUAUAAAAAGACUUCUGGUAAGAACCCAUGAGACAUCGCUUUGAAGGGCGACAAAGUUGACUACGAUUGGUAAAAUUGCCCAAAAAUAUCUAACGCAGCAUGUUGGGAAUAUUUAAAUACGUUAAUAAAAAAUAAACUUCUACUUUUACUGUUUAA